AUGAAUUUUUCAGAACCGGACCCAAUUUUUUUCGUCCCGGACAACAUCACUUCUCUUCCACUUCGACUGGAGUCCCGCGCGGUCGCCACAUCCGCCACAAUGUUCGCGGUGGGAGUCCUGGGAAACCUCGUCGCUAUCGUGGUGCUCAGCAUCUCCAAAAAGGAACAAAAAGAGACCACCUUCUACACGCUGGUUUGUGGAAUGGCUAUAACGGAUCUUCUGGGAACCUGUUUCACUAGCCCGGUAGUUAUCGCGACAUAUGUUGGAAACAGGUGGCCUGGCGGGGAACUUCUUUGCCACUUUUUUUCAUUUUCAAUGCUUUUCUUCGGUUCUGCUGGAAUGUCAAUAUUGUGCGCCAUGGCAGUAGAGCGGUACCUAGCCAUUAACCACGCGUACUUUUACUCACAGUACGUGGACAGGACAAUGGCCCGGUUUGCGCUUGUGGCAACAUAUUUAGCCAAUGUUGUGUUGUGCAUCAUGCCAAGUUUCGGAUUCGGGAAACACAUGAGACACUAUCCGGGCACAUGGUGCUUUUUGGACUGGCGGGCGACGAAACCCCUCGCCGCCUCGUACUCGUUUCUGUAUGGAGGAUUCAUGCUGUUACUGAUAGCUGUGACGGUCGUAUGCAACUUCGCCGUGUGUAGAUCUUUGAUGCGAAUGAACCAGCGAACUCGGAUCGUGAGAGCGGAGGUGUCCGGACCACAAGUGGGCUCGAGGCGCAGGUUUCCAAAACUGCCCUCCGUCACCUCCGCCACAGAAAUCCAAAUGUUUUGGCUGCUGAUCUUAAUGACAAUUGUGUUCCUCGUAUGUUCCAUUCCUUUAGUGGUGCGGAUCUUCGUGAACCAAAUGUACGGUCCUGCCCAGCUGUCAUUAGGAGGCAAGGUGGACUACCGCAGUGAUCUCCUCGCAAUUCGGUUCGCCUCCUUUAACCCGAUCUUGGAUCCAUGGGUUUACAUCUUGUGCCGAAAAAACCUACUGGUCAAGGGGUGCGAGAGGGUGAAACGGACGGUUGGGAUUGUCAGAGAGGGUCACAGGCGCAAAGAAGGCUGGGUAAGCGGUCCGCAGACACCCCCAUCUUACGCCAACAGCAACACCACCAGUUACGCCUCCCUGCGCACGGCAAACGAUGACCGAGACUCUGGGAAUCACAUUGUCUCUAGGACUAAAUCUUUCACCGACUUCACUAAGCAACAGCAUUGGGACUUCGAGUCGGCACGGCCGAGCUUUCAUCCCUUCAGCGUCGAAGCAACUACUGCCAUUUGUUUCGAAAAAUUAUUGCCCAUUUGCUCAAAGCUGUCAGAAGGGACACCUGAUUUGUGCGCAAUCCUUCAGGAGUCGCCUGCCCUGUCUGGGGACAGAGAUGCGCAGCCCACGGCGUGUGUACAGACGCUGCCAACGCACGAGAGACAGGUGGAAAUCGUUACUUGCACUUUCAGUACACCGACCUCCUGCACCUCAGAGAGGUGCCUCUAA